AUGAAUGCCCCUUAUCCACUCGUGUGUCUUGCUUUGUGGUUAUUGUUCCUUUUAGAUGUAAGAAAGUGUGAGAAAUUAAUUUCUAAAUUAACAAAAAAUGGAGAUCUGGACUUAGUUUUAUUAUAUGAUAUCGGUUUUGUUGAUGAUUCUGAAAAUGAUCAUAUGAAUUCUUUAGAAAAUAUAGCGGAGUUAGGUAAAAAUUUGCUGGUGAGGGAUAAUAAAAAUAUUAACCUGUCAUAUAUAACAUAUGAUGAUAUAAAUGUUGAUUUAAGGAUAGAAUCAAGGAAUAAUAUCGGAGUAGAUAAUGAAAAUAAUUAUGAUAAGGAUAAUAAUAGUUCUUACAAAUUUGGUAGUGAUAAAAAUAUAGAAGAAUUUAGAAAUGUUGUGUUAGACACUAAAUUAAAAUCAUCAUAUAAGAAUUCAGCUCAUUUAAAAGCAUUAAAUUAUGUAGGUUUAAAACAUUUUUAUAAUUCAGAAAAAGAAUCCGUUAAAAUGGUUGUCAUGUUUAUGAAUACAGAUGGUGAUUAUAAUAAUAAUAAUAAUAAUAAUAUGAAUAAUAUAUCUUCUAGUUAUUCUGCAGAGUUAAAUUUGGUACAUUAUUUAUUCGAUAGAAAAAACAUUAUAUUAAAUAUAAUAACAAGAGUAGCUUUUAAAAAUUAUUGUCAUUAUAUACAACAAAUUGGUUCAAAUACUAAUGAGCUAUUAAAAUGUGUAUUAAAAAAUUCUUUUUAUAAUAUAUCAGCAUUAACAUAUGAAAUUAUAAAAUAUUAUGAUGACAUCUCGAUAAAUGCAAUAUGUCAUGGGUGGUCUGAAUGGUCUCCAUGUUCUGUGACAUGUAACAUGGGAUAUCAUUUUAGUAAAAGAGAUUCUUUAGGAUAUAUAAAAAACUCUAAGAGUGGUUUAUAUAAAAGGAAAGGAAGAAGUUGUUUAGAACAAAGAAAUUUAAUAAUUCAAGAAUGCUUUAAUACAUCUUGUGAUCACUCAUUAGAUAUUUGUGAUAAUAUAUAUAUGGAUAUAUCAAUAUUAUUAGACGACUCAUCAAAUAUAACAUUAGAAUCAUGGAAUAAAUAUAUAAUACCUUUUGUUCGAAAAUUUAUUACCCAUUUUAAUAUAAAUAAUAAUCAAAUAAAUUUCUCAUUAACUACAUACUCUAGUCAUACUUAUAAUUGGUUCAAUUUUUCAAAUGUACUUUCAAAGGAUAAAGAUAAAUUAUUAACAUAUCUCGAAUUUUUUAAAUUUAAUUUUGGAUCCUCUACAAAAAAUAUCAAACAAGCUAUACAGUAUAUGAAUGAUCAUGUUUUAAAUACAAAUUAUCGAAGAAAUGAUGCAAAGAAAAUUAUGUUAAUUAUUAAUUCUGGCGAAAUCGAUAAUAAAACUGUUACUUCGGUGCCAGAUAUUAUUCAACGUCUUAAAGAUACACAUAAUGUUCAAGUAUAUUCUAUAUGUAUUAAUAAUCAAAAUGUCAAAAAUUGUAGAAAGUUAAGUACUCAUUCGAUGGAGAAGUAUGGAUCCAACUUUGCCUUUUCUUUACCAAACGCUUCAGAUUUGAGGUAUAAUGUGUUGGGUAUUCAAAAGAGUAUAUGUCGUAAUGUGUCUGGGGCGUUUAGAAGAAAGCUCAGGAGUGGAAACAAGGACGAUGAAGAUAAGAAAGACGAUGAAUAUAAGGAGGAAGAUGAAUAUAAGGAGGAAGAUGAAUAUAAGGAGGAAGAUGAAUAUAAGGAGGAAGAUGAAUAUAAGGAGGAAGAUGAAUAUAAGGAGGAAGAUGAAUAUAAGGAGGAAGAUGAAGAUAUGAAGAAAGAUGAAGAUAUGAAGAAAGAUGAAGAUAUGAAGAAAGAUGAAUAUAAGAAGGGCUAUAAAGAUUACAAGAAAGACCAAAGCAAGAAUGAUAAUAAAACAGAAGAACGAAAGGACGAAGGAAAUAUAUCAACUUCAAAUGAGCAUCACGCUUCAGAAAAAACGGAUGAUGAGGAUAUAAUCACACAAUAUAAUGAAGAAGACAGACAUGAUAAUUCAAAUGACAACAUAAUAAUAGAUGAUGAGCCGGUUGGACAAGACAAUUCAAUUUUUAAAAACGAAAAUUUUUUUUGGGGAAGAGGAAAACACGAUUCUAAAUACACCAGUAAAUUAAGUAUUAAUAGUUUAGGAGAUAUAAAUGAAUAUAAUGAUGAUUAUAAUAAUUAUGAUUAUUAUGAUGACGAUCCAACAAAUAGAAAUAAGGGAUUUUUAAAAAAGAAUUCAAUUAUUUUGAAAUCCUUAUAUAAUUUAAAUGAAGAUUAUGUAAACAACAAUAUAAAUAAUGAUGCUGGUAGUACUAGUAGUCAUUGUAGGAAUAAUAAUUCUGGUCACAAUGAUAUACCCCAUUUUAAAAAUAUGAGGAAAUAUAAUUCAGAAACUAAUAUUCCUUGCAGUAGUAAAAGUAAUAAAAGUACGAAUAAAAAAUUGUUGAAUAGGUUAUAUAAUAUGUUAUUUAGGAAAAAAAAAAAAUAUCGUAUUAAAAAUAUGGAUGCACAUUCAAAAAAAAAAGUAGAGAAGUUUAUUGAAAAUAUAAAAUUCUCAAAAGAAAACAAUGACGAUAAUAGGAAAAUUGAUGAACAAAAUAUAGAAAUACAAUUUGAUACGCUCUUGGAUGGUAUAUUUGAUUUCUUACAAGAUUAUGAUAAUUCAAGUCUCAAUGCGUUUAAUAAUUCAACGCCAGAUGAUGAUUUUGUUUAUUUUUCAAAUACAACACCUUGUGGUGUCUCCCUUAUGGACUUUCCUAUAUAUGAUAUGGAAAAUAUGGAAGCAGACGUAGGAGGAAAAAGAAAUGAUGGUGAUAAUAAUGAUGAUGAUGAUAAUAAUGAUGAUGGUGAUAAUAAUGAUGAUGGUGAUAAUAAUGAUGAUGAUGAUAAUGAUGACAAAUCUAAUAAUAAUAAUAAUAAUAAUAAUAAUGGUGACCCGUCUAGUAAUAAUAAUAAUAAUAAUAAUAAUAAUAAUGGUGACCCUUCUAGUAAUAAUAAUAAUAAUAAUAAUGGUGACCCGUCUAGUAAUAAUAAUGAUGAUGGUGAUGCGGAUGAAAAAAGAAACGAUUAUAUAUCUCAAUAUAACUUAGUAUUAAAAGAUAAAUCACAUAAUAAUAAUUAUUAUAUGACGAAUGAACAUGACGAACGAAAGAUAAAGAAACAAGAAAAUAUUGAUAUAUUGUCAAAGGAAGAAGAUAAUAUUUCCUCGAACUAUAAUAAUGAACUUCAAAGAACUAAGAGAUCGUUAGAUUUUCCAGAAAUUAUUAUUAAAGAGAAUUAUGAAAAUCCAAAAGAUAUUAUUCAUAUAUCUAAAAAGGAAGAAGCAAAUGAAAGUAAUAAUAGUAAAGGACAUAUUAAUUUGAAAAAUAAAAAGGAACAUAAUAAUGUUGUAGACAAUGUAAAUCCUUGUAAUAAACAAAAUAUAAAUGAAGAAGAUAAUAAUAUUAAUAAUUCCAUAAAAACUGCACGUAUCGGAAUAUUUAAUAAAAACAAAAUAAAUUGUAGAAAUAAAAAAGCAUCUAAGUUUGAUAAGAUUAAACGUUUUAAUGAUAAGAUAAAUAAAGAUAACCAUCCAUUAAUAACAAAUGUGGAAAAUAAAAAUGAAGAAAUCGAUGUGCUACAAAAUAAUGAAGAUAAAAAACAAAAAAUACUUCCUAUAAUUAAAAAUGAGAAUGCAAAAGAGACAGGACAAAAGUAUGAAAACAAUGAUGUAUAUGAAGAACAUAAUAAAACAAAUAUUAAUAAUAAUGUAGAAAAAUUAUAUAAAGAUAAAAAUUCACACCAUAUUAAAAACCAAUAUGAUAAAGGUAAUCUUACAGAAAAUAAUGAAGUAACACCAAUAUAUUCAAAAGAUUAUGAUGCAGAUGAUGAAGAGUAUGAACAUUGGCAUGGACAUCAACGUGAUAAUAAAUCUACCCCGGUAUAUAAAUAUGCAGCAUCCUUUACAUUAGCUGCUAUUUUAUUUUUAGGUUUAUCUUUAUAUUUUAUAAAUAAUAGAAAAGGUAACAAAAUUGUAGAUGCAAAAGAAUCUAAUGAUUUUGCCGUAUCUACUAAUGUGAAGGAAACAUCUUCUAAGGAGCAAAAUAUAGAAAUAAUGAAUGACACGCAGUGGAAAUAA